GUCAGGGGCGCAUGCGCACAGCGGAGCUCCAUCUUUCCAUCCCGAGCGCAGAAGAGCAGCGGAUGUGUUGAUGCUUUUGGACGUUUUGUUUUGAUUUUUAAACGCCCAGAGUCUCUGCGAAACAAACCCGAGCGGACGCUUCCUCCGUUAUUAUCCUCCCGGGAGCUUCCAGCCGACAGAGAUGCGGCGUGUGGCGGGUGUUAUGAGGUAGAUUGAGCCGCUGCUGCUGCGCUUCGGCCGCGGAGACACAUCUGAGAGAAUCCGCUGCAGGAGAGUUUCCGGCCCGCGCGAGCAGGAACCAUGAGUUUGCGAGAGCUGCAUCUGAACGGUCCAUGAUGAGCAGUGCGUCUGCAGAUCGUGAGGUGCGCUGUCUGCUGUGAACACGCCACGCCUGACCCUCGGCCUGCUGGGAGCUGCAACUCUUUCCAUGUGUUUAUUUGAGGUGCUUUUAUGUCCAGAUCAGAAGCGCUUUCAGACUCUUUUCUCAUGGCUUUGAUUGCUCAGACACUAGCGGCGGAGUUCCUGUCUGCAUCGAGUGGCAAAGUAAUGCGGCCCUUUCUCUGGGCUGCGCUGUGAGCGUCUCGCUGUGGUCCUGUUGUGCUCGUCUUCUCUCUUCUGAGCGUCAGAAUGAGACAUUGUGUCGGGACAGAGAAGAGCGUGUGAUCUCUCACCAGCAGUUUUGCACUGAUCCAGAAAAAUGAAUGGAGGCAAAGAGAGGGAGGGUGCUGAGGGCAGAGGUCAGCUCGCCCAGGUGCCCAUCGGCUGGCAGCGCAAGGUGGAGGUCUCGGGGGUCCUGUAUAUCAGUCCGAGUGGAUCAGUGCUGUCCUGCCUCGAGCAGCUGAAGUCGUACCUGCUGACCGAUGGCACGUGUAAGUGUGGUCUGGAGUGUCCUCUCGUCCUCCACAAGGUUUUCAAUUUUGAUCCUGGUGCGGUGGUGAAGCAGAGGACUGCGGAGGAUGUGAAGAGCGAUGAGGAUGUUACGAAGCUCUGCAUCCACAAGAGAAAGCUGAUCGCAGUGGCGACGCUGCAUAAGAGCAUGGAGCUGCCGCGUCCGGCCCUGACGCUCACCAGGCCCGGCGGAGGCACACGUGUGACGUCUGUGACCCGUAACGCACAGCCUCGAGCAAUAAGGAAUAAAACCCACGAGGGCCAGCCAGAAUGUAAGAACCCGUUCAAGGCGAUGAUGGCGGCGGGGCAGCGGCUCUUCUCUCCGGAUCCGUGCGGCUCGCAGCAGCAGGAGGUUUUCCCUGUGUAUUCCCGGCAGAGGCUGGCCAGCAGAGAGCCGGGGCCCAAGUCCCCCUACCGCAGCGUGCACAUGCUGAGCCCUCCCUCGCAAGCCUUCGGGGACGGCUCUCUGUCCUCACGAACUGACGCUCUCGGCAGUCCUGAUGGGUUUGUGCGCAACACCGCCUGCAGCUUCCAGGGGACCGGCAGUCCCGGGGCCAUGCACAGCAGCAGCCGCAUCCCUCUGUCUUCUCCUGGAGUCAUGAUGCACGGCUCGCCCGCUGCCCAGUCGUCCUGCAUCAUGGCUGGAAGGACUAACAUGCCUCUGUCCCCUCCGGUCCCCAACAAGAGCCCGAUCAUGAAGAAGCCCCUGUGCAGUUACCCGCCGGGCAUGGACUCCAGCAGGACUGUGUUUCGUCACAAGGCCCCGUCUGCUCCCGCCUGCGCCCUGCAGAGCAAGCAGCUGAGCUCCGAGAAGGACCCUCUCGGCAUCCUGGAUCCGAUUCCCAGUAAACCCAACCCUUCCGCUUUCCAGCCCAGCGUCCACUCUCAGGUACCAAUGAUGAAUGUAAACAUCCCCCCCGCCAUCGUCCCGCUGCCGAGUAACCUGCCUCUGCCCUCGGUGAAGCCGGGGCCGGUGGGUCACAUGCAGAGGACUCAGCACACCGCCUCGGUCUCCCUGUCGCCCGUCACCUCUCCCGUGCACAUGCCCGGGCCGGUCUUGGGCCGCAUGGAGGCGUCUCCGCAGCGCUCCCGCUCCUCAUCCACCUCCUCGGAGCAGGGAACCUUCGCUGUUCCCCCCUGCGGAAGCAUGAAGGUCCCGCCGCGCUCGCCCAGGUCCUCCAUGAGCUCGCCCCGGCCCGCUCUGCCCUCCAGCCCGUCUGGCAAACCGGACGCUCUCCACCAGUACAAAGACGUGCCCAGCCAGCUGCUGGCCGGGAAGAGCGCUCAGCACAACCCCAUGUAUCCGCACGCCCCGCAGAAGGAGCACCCGGGCCUUUUGGGAAUGCCACUGAACCAGAUCCUUAAACAACACAACGCUGCCUCUUUCCCUGCCAGCAGUCUCCUCUCAGCGGCCGCCAAAGCACAGCUAGCAAAUCAAAACAAGCUCGUGGGAGGUGUGUCGAGUGCAGGGGCGUCUGAUGCUAGCAGGGCUGUCGAAGGCCACAACACUCUAAAUUCCAUGUUGCCACCCAACCCUUCCAUGAUGAUGCCCAGCGGCGAGGGCCAGAGCGGACGCGCGGCGCUUCGGGACAAGCUCAUGGCGCAGCAGCGCGACCCUCUCCGCAAGCGCAAGCUUCCUCCAAAUGCUGCCAACCACGAGAACAGCUUCUUCAACAUGAGGACGCCCUGUCCUUCCGCUGAGCUUAUGAGAAAAACCUCUCGACUGCCCUCCAACACGUCAAUGGCCCAGCUACUCCAAUCUCUGAGCAACCACAGCUCCCACAUGAGAAACCCAGGCCGCGCACACUUUAGCGAGGGGGCCGUGGUCUCCGGAGCGGGGCCUCAGAGCGCACAGGUCCAGCAGCGGCUGCAGGGACAGACGGAGGCCAUGCUCUGCCCCGGCGCGGAGUCUGUGGCGCUCCCAGCCCAGGGCCAGUAUCCAGGCAUGAUGAACCAGAUGCAGGCGACAGCGAUGGGAAACUGCGGACCCAUGAACCAAAGCGGAAGCCAUGUGAUGGGACACGCGAGCGCUCACUUUCAGCAGCGCGUCCCGCCGAACAUCUGCAUGCUGCCCAGCGGCGCUGAUGACCGAGGCGAGGCGGCAUCGCUGAGCUGCAGCAUCGCUAACACUCCUCAGAUGAGCGGCGUGACGGCGGCCGCGGGGCACAUGUACCACCAUCACCCCACACUGCAGGGCAUGCACGGGGUCUCUGCUUAUCCGUGCCAGGGGCAUUCCUUCGCAACGGCUCCUUUCACAGACAGUAACGUUCCCAACUCCAACAGCUUGCCUUGCCUGUACCAGGAUUAUCAGGGCUGCAUGCCUGAUGGCGGCCAGCCUGCGAUGAGCUCUCAUUCUGGAGACGCAGGUCUGUACCGAGAGGCUCCGCAGAAGCUGCAGGGUCAGGCUGACGUUUCCAUGGCGGGAGCAUCUGGAGGCCAGAGUUCGGUGGAGUCUGUGGAUGCGAUCUACAGAGCGGUGGUGGACGCCGCUGGCAAAGGCAUGCAUGUGACCAUCACUACCGGCGUGAGCACACAGGCCAGCCCCGUCCCCGCGCUCAGCGCCAUGAGUGCCUUCACCGCCUCCAUCGGCCCGCCGCUCAGCCUGCCUCACGCCGUUAACGCGGUCAUACACGCGCCGCGCGGAUCCAAGGGGACGGAGCCCGGCAGAAUGCAGCUGCCCAACCACACGCGCAGAAGCUCCGAGCAUAGCAAGAACACGCCUGACGGCGCAGACACGCACGAGUAUUUCCGCUCGCCUAGCGCCGCCACACCUCGCCCGCAGUGGGACGAGCCCAACCACGCGCACUGGAGAGGAGAGGAGUUUCUGGAGUGCUCCACCCAGGUGCACAGCAGUCCGUGCAGCAGUAAAAGAGAGAGAAAAACCGUGAUGGAGUGUCUGCAGGAGACGGCCUCCGACGCUCAGACAGACGACAGCGCGAGCCUGCGGUUUAGCCACCGCGCCAGAGAGCGGCUGGAGCUCAACGGAGCGCUGCCUCGCGGAGGAUACGGGGAGCCGCUCACCGGAGACGACCAGUCGCCCGGAUCCUCCACCAGCUUGGAAGGGCCGCUGCUCAAAGACUACACUCACUUCAACGGGCACUUUAACGGACACUGUGCACCCAGCCCCUCGGACACCAGGAGCCUCAGCAGCGAGGAGGAGCUGCGGCACCCAGACUCUCCUUCAGCAGAGCUGCUGCACUACAGGCCCCGGGCCUUCAAUGUGAGCGAGCUGGUCUGGCCGAUCAAAGGCUUCCCGCCCUGGCCGAACAAACUGAUGGGAGAAGAGCAUGGGCACAAUCCCAGCAUGCAACUGUCAGAACAGGCCAGGGUGGAACCGGAGCAGCUGAAAACACUAACACAAGACCUUCAGGUGCUGGACAGAGCCAGCAAAAAAAACAGGAAGGCGGGAAAACUGAAUCAUCAUUUAGAAGCUGUGAUUCAUGAGGCCAUGAGUGAGUUGGACAAGAUGUCUGGAACUGUUCAUCAGGAUCGUCAAGUCAAGCUGCCCAAACCCAAGAGGAGGAAGAUCUCCAGAUAACAGCAGCGUCAGUGUCUCUCUCUCU